UCCUCCCCUCCAGCCUUGCACAGGUGGCCCCCUCCUCCCCUCCAGUCUGGCACAGGUGUACCGGCUCCUCCCCUUCAGUCUGCCACAGGUGUACCGGCUCCUCCCCUUCAGUCUGCACAGGUGUGUACCGGCUCCUCCCCUUCAGUCUGCACAGGUGUACCGGCUCCUCCCCUUCAGUCUGCCACAGGUGUACCGGCUCCUCCCCUUCAGUCUGCACAGGUGUACCGGCUCCUCCCCUUCAGUCUGCCACAGGUGUACCGGCUCCUCCCCUUCAGUCUGCCACAGGUGUACCGGCUCCUCCCCUUCAGUCUGCAACAGGUGUACCGGCUCCUCCCCUUCAGUCUGCAACAGGUGUACCGGCUCCUCCCCUUCAGUCUGCAACAGGUGUACCGGCUCCUCCCCUUCAGUCUGGCACAGGUGUACCGGCUCCUCCCCUUCAGUCUGGCACAGGUGUACCGGCUCCUCCCCUUCAGUCUGGCACAGGUGUACCGGCUCCUCCCCUUCAGUCUGGCACAGGUGUACCGGCUCCUCCCCUUCAGUCUGGCACAGGUGUACCGGCUCCUCCCCUUCAGUCUGGCACAGGUGUACCGGCUCCUCCCCUUCAGUCCU